AUGUUGUUCUCGAUACCUCGUACACUUGCAGUACUUACUACAUCUAUUGCUAUUUCAAAUGCCUUACCUCAGCCUCAACCCAAAGCUACACCACUUCCUCACACCUCUCCAAAUCCAAAUUUCCAUCAGCUCUCAGAACGAAAUCUUCAAUCUCGAGCAACACAAACUCAAUAUGUUACCUAUGCAGUAGCGGGCAUCAACCAGUUGAUGACAUGGUACAACGCUGCCACUGGCCUUUGGUCUGGUGAUUGGUGGAACUCUGCCAACGUCAUCACCAUGCUUGCUGAUUUCCAAGACUACUUUCCCUCGAUGGCAACUGGAAUCACAAAUUCUGUGUUCCCAACCACGCUUGCCAAAGCUCCUUCUACCUAUGCUGGGUUCUUGAAUGGGUUCUAUGAUGAUGAGUUAUGGUGGGUGUUGGCAUGGAUCAAAGUCUAUGAUGUUACUCAGGAUGAGACUUACCUUACCACCGCCGCUGCUAUCUUUGAGGACGCAAAGAGUGCUUGGGGUACCUCACCAUGUGGUGGCUUAUGGUGGGACAAAGCACACACAGGUGUAGGAGCUGUUGAGAACGAACUGUACCUGACCGCGGCCGCCAAGCUUGCCAAUCGGCGUCCGUCAACACCCAGCCAAGGCUACUACUACAACGAAGCCAUCAAAGCCUACACCUGGUUCAUCAACAGCGGUCUCAUCAACUCCGGCAACACCAUCAACAACGGCCUCGUCCUCUCAACCUGUAAAAACGACGGGAACCUAGUUUUCUCCUACAACCAAGGAAUCCUCCUCUCCGGUCUUGCGGAACUCACGUGGGCCUCAGGCGAUGACUCCUACAACGAGCUCGCAAACACCAUCGCUACCGCCGCCAUUGCAGCUCUCACCGACGCAAACGGCAUUCUCCACGAACCCUGUGAAGCGACAGGUUGUGAUGCCGAUGAAGAACAGUUCAAGGGUGUCUUUGGACGUAAUAUCCAGUUCCUGGUUAAUAGGGCGACCGUCCUGCCAGCUGCUACGAAAACGCUAUUUGUCAAUUUCUUAGAGGUUAAUGCUAAUGCUAUCUGGGCCGAUGAUGAGGUUGAUAAUCAGCUGGGGUUGGUGUGGAGUGGACCGGAGGGGACGGCUACGGUGCAAACGCAAUCUAGUGCCUUGGAUGCUAUUGUUGGCGCUGCUUGUGUUUCUUGA